UAUUUGUCCCGCCCACCCGCGCCAACCCGAUUCCGCUUCCGGUUGGAGGGGCGCUGGGUUCCAGAGAGUUACCGCUGUGGUGGUCGCGAUGGGAAAGUCAGAUUUUCUUACCCCUAAGGCUAUUGCCAAUAGGAUCAAAUCCAAGGGGCUUCAGAAGCUGCGCUGGUAUUGCCAGAUGUGCCAAAAGCAGUGUCGGGACGAGAAUGGCUUUAAGUGUCAUUGUAUGUCCGAAUCUCAUCAGAGACAACUAUUACUGGCUUCAGAAAAUCCUCAGCAGUUUAUGGAUUAUUUUUCAGAGGAAUUCCGAAACGACUUUCUAGAACUUCUCAGGAGACGCUUUGGCACGAAGAGAGUCCACAACAACAUUGUCUACAAUGAAUAUAUCAGCCACCGAGAGCACAUCCACAUGAAUGCCACCCAGUGGGAAACUCUGACUGAUUUUACCAAGUGGCUGGGCAGAGAGGGCUUGUGCAAAGUGGACGAGACACCCAAAGGCUGGUACAUUCAGUACAUAGACAGGGACCCCGAAACCAUCCGCCGGCAACUGGAGCUGGAGAAAAAGAAGAAGCAGGACCUUGAUGAUGAAGAAAAAACUGCCAAAUUUAUUGAAGAGCAAGUGAGAAGAGGUCUGGAAGGGAAGGAACAGGAGACCCCUAUUUUUACGGAAUUAAGUAGAGAAAGUGAUGAAGAGAAAGUUACGUUUAAUUUGAAUAAAGGAGCAGGUAGUUCAGCAGGAGCAACAUCUUCCAAGUCAAGUUCUUUGGGGCCAAGUGCACUGAAGACGGUAGGGAGUACAGCAUCAGUGAAACGAAAAGAAUCUCCCCAGAGCUCAGCUCAGUCCAAGGAAAAGAAGAAAAAGAAAUCUGCACUGGAUGAGAUCAUGGAGAUUGAAGAGGAGAAGAAAAGAACUGCCCGAACAGAUUAUUGGCUACAGCCUGAAAUCAUCGUAAAAAUUAUAACCAAAAAACUGGGUGACAAAUAUCACAAGAAAAAGGGUAUUGUUAAGGAAGUCAUUGACAAAUACACAGCUGUGGUGAAGAUGAUUGAUUCUGGAGACAAGCUGAAACUUGACCAGACUCAUUUAGAGACAGUAAUUCCAGCACCAGGAAAAAGAAUCCUAGUUUUAAAUGGAGGUUACAGAGGAAAUGAAGGUACCCUAGAGUCCAUCAAUGAGAAGACUUUUUCAGCUACUAUAGUCAUUGAAACUUGGCUCUGCCGUCUUCAACAAGUGGCAUCUCCAGCUGCCAUGUGUGUGCUUCAGUUGGGCAAGAGGAGCCUGACGGAUUGCGUGGAGGGAAAGCCCGCCUGGGCCAUCGCUGCUGUUCCUCCGUGCUCUGGAGCCCCACACGUGGCCACAGCUAACCAGGGGGGCUAGGAAAUGUAGCUGUGUAGCCAGGAAGCAGAGGAGCUACCAAACAGCUCGGGAGCCUCUGCCCCCCAGUAUCUAUUGAUAACAUGCUGUAAGUAUCAUUGAAGAAAAUGUGGUUUUAAUAGGUCUUAAUGAGAAUGCCAUAGAUUAUUUUUAAAAUUCAUAGAUGUAUAGAAAUGUUAACUACCUUUAUGGUGUUUUAGGGAUAUGGAAAAAGUAAAUUUGUAUCUAUAAGUGUGAUGUCAUUUUUUUUUUCAGUACAUGUGUGUUUAACCUCUUCUUAAAUUAUUUUAAUUUACAGGGCCCUUUAAAAGGACGCAGAGUUGAAGGAAUUCAAUAUGAAGACAUUUCUAAACUUGCCUGAGUUUAAAAAUCUGUCAACAAUACA